UCCUUUGCUAUAGUUUCUUCAUUCCUUUUAUGGAUUUCACUUAAAAAAAUUUCUUAAAAUCUUGAUUAUGAAAAAAAUUAGCUUUUUUAAAACUCAUUUGUUAAAUAGCAACCAUAAAAGUACCACAAGACACUCAAAAGAUGAGUGCCGGUUAACCUUUUACCUCGUUCACGUGUUGGCGCAUGUUUGUCUUGUCUUCGCUCUUGGACUAGCAUUGUAGUAGUGUAGCACCCAUUGGAACGACCACAAAUCAAGGACACAUUAUCUGCAUAAACCAUUUGGUUUUGUGGUAAUUUCUGCGAGAUGGUUGGUGAAGAGACUAGUGAGGCAACUGGUUACGGCCUUCUACAGUUUUAUCAUGGUUAUUGCGUCCUUGAUUUGUGGAAAGUGAGGCAAUCAUAGAGGAUACUUUGUCUGAGAUUCUGAGUGCUGACUGCAAUCAUAACUUCAUAGGUCUCUUCAAUUCCUCUUUAAUAAUGGUUAUAACACUACUGCUUGAUUUGACUUUGGAUAAGGAAAUUAGAUCAGGAUGCACAUCACUUGCCCCGUUAAAAGGGACGCAUUUCAGGACAUGUUAUCCUCACUCACCUGUUUGAAUUGAUAUUUGCAUGAGAACAAGGAAGAAACCAUCUUGACAGGCACCAAGCUGGGGAUUUGUUUAGUCUUGACAAGAGAAAUAUAAUUGAAAGUUCUAACAACCGAUUGAAUAAUGGCCAGUGAGGAGCCAUGAAUUCUCAACCUCCACCAUUAAUAGCCAUUGUCAUAAUUAAUUACUUGCUUUCUCCAUCGACCUUGACAUUCUUAUGUUUCCAAGAAAUUGUUUACGUGUUAGAAUGCCCCAAAGUUCUGACUGAAGAGAAAGAGAUGAGGUGCUUUGCCUAUUUAACAGAGGAUCUCUCUACCUAGUUGUACUAUCCCGGAGAUGACACCAUCAGAUGAUACAGCAAAAACAAACCUCUUUAAAUUUCUCCCACCAGCCACCACAGUGCCUUAUUAAGAUGCCAGCAUUUCUCUGGCCACCUCUCGGUUUUCUCCACACAAACAUGGAUGCCUCCGCCCAUGCAUGGUGGUUCUUAUUUGUUUGUGUAUAUAGAAUUAAAUGACUCUUGAGAUUUCUGUCUUCAAGUUCAUCAAAAUCCAUACCAACAAUAAUAAAGUAUAAAUUAUACAUGAAGAUCAUGCCUUGUUGAUUGUUUGCCCUUCAUUCAAACUUGUUACCAAACCAAACUUGAUGCUCUUAUUAGCAUAGAAAUGAUAUUGACAAUAUCUUGUAAAGGUUGAUGGUGGAACUUGGAAGGAUAGGAUACCUAAAUAUAUUUAGAGAAAAAAAAUAAAAUUCAGACCAUACAUGGAAAGUAAAAAUGCUUUAAUGUGUCUCUGUGUCAUUCACAAGACUGAAAUAUUGUUACAUAAUAGACUACAAUCACGUACAGACAAUUAAUAGGGGGGUUAACUCAACGCAAUCUAUUCUUUGCUUUCUUUUUAAACCACUUGAAAGCCUUCAAGCUAUCAUCCCUUCAUUCUUUUACUUUUACAAGCUGCUCGGUCUUCUUCAAAAGUCUCUAAUGGCUACAACAACGUCCGUUCAAGAGGUCCCUAAAGUUCUGAAAUGCAAGACAUGGGUUUUGAAAGUAUCUAUCCACUGCCAAGGUUGCAAGAGAAAAGUCAGGAAAGUCUUGCAAAGCAUCGAUGGUGUUUACACAACAAGCAUUGAUUCGCAGCAACAAAGAGUCACGGUUACUGGCAACAUUGAAGCAGGGACCUUAAUCAAGAAACUCAUGAAAACAGGCAAACAUGCAGAGAUAUGGCCUGAAAAGGUUGCUACAAAGGAGAAAGAAUCAGGCAAAGCAAAAAGCAUGCACAGCAAAAAUGACCAAAAUCAGAAUGAUAGUGGCAGCAAAAAAUCUGUGAGAUUCUCUGUGGAGGGAAUAGGUGAGGAGACCAAAAAGGGCAAGAAGCCACCGGAAAAUUCCACCGCCGGAGACGAGUUGCCGGGAGGAAAUAACAAGGGCAGUAUACCUGAGGGUGGUGGGGCAGACAGUGCAUGUAAAAAGAAGAAAAAGAAAGGGCAGAAAGGUAAUGAUGGCAGCAAUGUUACAGGGGGCUCAGGCUCACCAUCUUCUGGUACAUCUGCAGGCAGUGAAUAUCAAACUCAUGGUGUGGGGAUGAAUCAAGUUAUGGGCCCGAGUGAUCUCAACUCUACACGUCAGCAUUCGAUUCCAUGGCCACUAGGUUACUCCGGUCCUCAAGUGUAUGCAUCAAGUUGUUAUAUGGCAUAUCCUCAUGGAAGUCCUACUCCUUUUAAUUAUCAUGUUGCUCCAGCACCAUAUACAAAUGCAAAUCAAACAACACAGGUGGACUCUUUCAACAUUUUCAGCGAUGAAAAUGUCAAUGGAUGUUCCAUCAUGUAAUCAGAAUGGAGAAUGAUUCUGUACUAAUGGUGAUGGAGAGAGUAGUAUAGAAGAUAGAAUGUAGGAUAAUAUUGCCAGUGGAGACAUUGGAACGAUGAUGAGAACUUUUUUGCAUGGUAUGGUUUUGAAGCAAGUUUGGAAGAUUUUCUUUUCCUUGUAGAAAUUGAUUUGGGUUUUGAUGUAUGAAUUUGGUUGUUGCAUGCCCUUUAAGCUUCUAGUACAACAACUCCCUUGUAUAUA